GCGUUGGAACAUGAUGGUCCGCUGUUGGUGGUGUUCACUAGAACGGCGUUUCAUCAGAACCGUCGUACCUGUUUGAUCCAUCAAAAAGUUCCGGCCGUUAACAAACGGACAGGAACGGCGCACAUCUGUUUUUGGGUUUCAUUUCCAGUGGAUUUUUAAGCAUGCCAUCUUGUUUUGAUCUUCGAGCCCAUCGUUUCAUUUCGAUCAGAUUUUUCAUACCUGCGCUGGUCCGAUGACUUGCGCCGGCUUGUGAUUGUGCAUGUGCAUAUUUGUUCCAUGGAAUCUCCAGCACUGAAGUCAACACCUAUGCCAAUCACUCUGAUCAAGUUUCCACUCUGUUCUGUGCUUCAACGUUUGCCAUCAGAUGUUCAACUGAGUUGAACUCUGAAUUCUGAAAACAUACUUGCUGCAGUUCCUGAGCGAGAGAACGAACCCGCUGCUCAGAAGAUCAUCCAGUCCAUCCGGCGUCAUGCUGCUUCAACCCCACGCCGACAACGGCGCCUACUCCUUCCUCGACACCACAGGGCCCUGCUCGACGAGAUUCAGUAGCGGCUCAGUGACAUCCGAGGACUCGCCGGCAUUGACGCCCAGGCUGCUGUCCAUCCAGUCCAGCUCCAGCCCCGACAACUACUCGUCCGAAUGGCCCGACCGAGCGGCGGCGUCGCGCUCCAACCGGUACCUCUUCGACGCGAACGCGCAGGCCAGGUCCGCCGAGUGCCUCGACCUGAUGAGGGUGGAGAUCGAUGCGCAGCUCGGCAAGCUCAAGGGGGGUGUCACCGGCCUCGAGAACUAUGCCUUGCCGGACAACGGCCGUGUGAUCGGUGGUGCGCACCUGGGCAUGUCGCUUGAUGUCAUGCUGAUUGAGAUAGAUGAGAGGUUCCACGCCCUGAAGCUACUCAUGGGUGCCGUGUUCCGACAGGCGAGAGAGAUGCUUGGAUCGGUCAACGCGUCGGCGUCUGAUCUCCAUUGGGAGCAUGAGCUUCAACUGGAACUCUUUGGUGCCACGAUCGGGGAGUGUGUCAGUGGCCUGCAGGAGGAGCUAGAGAGGAGGCUGUAUGAGCAAAUUAACAUCACAAACACCAUGAGCAGGAACUGGAAGGAGGCCAUAGCUCAAUUUGCCGCGAUGCGCGAAGACCUUGGUGCUCUUUGUAAGCUGCUACUGCCUUCAGUACCAGAAGCACAUAUUUCUAACAGCAAGCAUGAAAGUUCAGGCAGUAGGAGCAACAGGUGGAAGUACACUUUCUUUGGAAAGAAAACAAAAGACGAUCGUUCUCCGCGUGCCGAGGACAGUAAGAGUUUCAGGAAGCAAAAAUCAUUUGGUGCAAAGGAUGUCAUCUCAGAAAAAUCUGACUUUCGCCAUCUCAAUGGUAUGUCUAGAGAUGAAGUGAUAAGCUAUUUUAAGUCUGAGAUCAGCAAACUGAAAAGGAUGCACGAAUCAGCAUUGCAAGAGAAGACAGAAGAACUGUUCAGGUUAAAACGGGAGAAGGGGUCACAUUCUCUUAAGAACGACGUGGAAUUUGAACCUCUGAGAAAGAAAAUUCCGGAGAUCAUUUCAAGAAUGGACCAGAUCAUUUCCAAGAAUAUAAAGGUACCUGCGAUCUGCAUGACUCAUGAUGAGCUCAGUGAAAGAUGCAGACUGACAAGCAGAAUAGAUGCUUUGUACUAUGAAAAUCAGCAUCUACGAGGAUUGCUUGCAGAUAAGAUGAAGGAUGUUAAGGCAUUAUCAUCGCAGCUGUCUGAAGCCAGUACAGAACUGUCUCUUCAGUUGUCAUCAGAAGAAGAGCUCCUGAGACAAAUUGACAAAAUUAGGGAAGAGUACGAGGACCUCCGAAUUGAAGGCGAUGUUAGAGAUGGGCUGUACCAAGCUGUUACAAAACAAUUGCUUGAUGAUUCUAAGGACAACAUGGAUGGUGCUGCAAUGAAUUUUAGUGCAAAAAUGUCUUCACUUGAAUCUGUAAUCUCCGAAAAGGAUAAGGCAUUGUGUUUAUACAAUGAAGAAAAUCACAGGUUAAAGGAGAAGUUAGCAGAACUAGAAAAGGGGCGUUUGAUCCAGAAUCACCAAGAAAAUCCUGAAGUCAUCAAGCAAGAGAGUACAGAAAUUUUUCUGCGUGAUAUUGAAGUGGAGCCUCGCACAUCACCAAGAAGAUCAAAUGGGCACGAUUUGCAGUAUGGCGAACUUGUGAAACUGAACUCAAGCUUAGAGAUUGAAUCAGGUGCCCUCAAGGAAAUUGACAAGAAAAAUGUGGAUCGUAGUAGUAGUACCGCUAAGAAAGAGCAUGAAAGGCAGCUGGAGUGCAUUUUAGUAUCUAUUAUGAAGUUAUCAAAAGAAUUUGUGGAGAUUGAGAAAAAAUUGUCAGUGGGAAGAACUGAAAACAGGUCAGAGGAUUUGAGUGAUCAUUGCAGCCACAUGGUCAGACAAGCCGUGGUACUGACAAAAAUAGGGCUCUGGUAUAAACAAAUGCUUGAAACAAGACGUUCUGAGCUCCAAAAGGCUGAAGCCAAGGUUGUCAUAUUGGGCGAAAAGAUAAAUGCACAUUUAAGCCUUCUUCAAAAGAUAUAUUUAACUCUUGAUCGCUACUCUCCUACGUUGCAGCAUCAUCCUGGUCUGCUAGAUGCUUUCUUGAAGACAUGCAAACUUGUUGCAGAUUUGAGAAGUAAACAGAACGAAGGCGACACGACAUAAAUGAGGGCAGCUUGGUGAGAUGUCCCUUGGUGGCUAAUGUUUCGUGUGCCAUCAGGAACAUAUUGUUUUAUGGGGGCAUUGACAUGUAUUGACGACCACUGGUCACCCACUGGUUCCUCAUGUGCUUAGACAUGCGACACCCCUGCAGUUGUGAAGUGCAAGUAUAUACAUGUGGACAGAACUCCAGAAAACAAUCUUCAUGAGGAUCAUCAUGGCAUCAUGACCGUGUAGUUUUUUUUUAUCUGCAGAUGAUCGAUUACCAGAAAUCUGAAACCACAUCUUGUAAAGAAGAAAUGUCAAUGAUGGUGACUCGCCUGCUAAUGUACAGAUGACAUUUGCUAGCUUUCUUGUUGGGUAGAGAAUAGCGUUACUUGUUUAGUUAGCACUAGCAGCCUAGGCCACAGAACGCAUUGAAGGGUGCUCUCACUGUUAAAUCAGGACACUAGGUAGAUCAGAUGUAAAUUAAUUGUAAGCAAACAGUUUAUUCUCUUUCUGUGA